AUACUUUCUCUUUUUAUCCUGAUAGAGAAUCAGUGUUGAAGCAUUUGAAAGAAUGUAAAGUUUAUGAGUUUCUUUUUUUAAGCACCUGAUGAAAGUGUUUUUAAUGCAGUGAUGAACACGACAGCGUCUUUGUUUCUCUCUGUCGCUUCUAUUCAGUCAGGAAAUGAAACCAGCUGCAAAAGAAAUAGGCAAGAAAAGACUUCCUGAAUCCUGAAUAACAGGUUUGUUUUGUGUAACUGUUAGAUGGAUAACAAGUUGAAGCUGUGCUUGGUGAACAGUACAGAACAUAAAUUGCUUUAGUUGAAUUAGUUCCUUUUAUAAAGGGAACCUCAUGAGGACUGAGGGGAGAUCAUGUGAAAGGAGGAAGUAACAAACGUGUUGUGGUGAAAAACGUACUUGAAGAAGAUUCAGGAAACACUUUCAGACUCAGUCUGCUCCGUCCAACUGUCGCUCUACUGUCACUUCACCCUCGACGACAUGGACGAGAUGAGAAUUGUAAUGUUGGGAAAAACAGGAGUUGGUAAAAGCAGCGUGGCGAACACCAUAUUAGGAGAGAACGUGUUCCAGAUCGGCCGCACAGCCAACUCUGCAACAAGUGAAUGUCGAUCAGAAACCAGACGUGUUGAUGGAAGAGACGUCACUUUGAUCGACACUCCUGGUUUGUUCGACACAGAUCGACCUGAAGAGGAGCUGAAGCCUGAAAUAGUGAAGUGCUUCACAGAGUGCUCUCCUGGGCCUCAUGCUUUUAUCAUAGUGUUUAAAGUGGACAGAUUCACAGUUCAGGAGCAGGAAGUGAUCAAUAAGAUCAACCAAUACUUCUCUGAAGAAGCUUUCAAGUAUGCAACAGUCCUCUUUACUUAUGGUGACCAGCUGGAGGAAGAACAGACCAUUGAGGAAUAUUUCCACAACAAUCAGCGUUUGAGUGAUCUGGUGAAGAAGUGUGGAGGCCGCUGCCACGUCAUUGAUAACAAAUACUGGAAGGACAACCAGCCGGAUGAUUACAGGAGCAACCAGUUCCAAGUGAAGCAGCUGAUGAAGACCAUCGAUCACAUGAUUGAGGCAAACAAGGGAAGCUGCUACACCAACAAAGUGCUACAAGCUGUGGAGAAACUGAGACAAGAGGAGGAGAAACAGAUCAGACAGUCACCAGGAAACAAGACAGAGAAAGAGAUCAGAGAGGAGGCUAAAAAGAGAGCAUUAAAAAGGCUUUUGAUUGAAUUGGCUGGUGUAACCACAGGUGUAUUGUUAGGAGUUCUUUUUGGUGUUGUUCUCGUGGUUGGAGCAGAAGCAGCUGGAAUAGCAGCAGGCUCACUGAUGGUUGUAGGUGCUUUAGCAGGAGCGAUCAAAAGAGGAUACGAUGCUGUUCAGAAAGCACACAAAGUACACGUGGGAAUCUCUGUCUUUAAACAUAAGAAAAAAACAGCAGAUGACGAAUAUGAAUUAAUUAAUUAAUGAAUUAAUGUUCCCUGAUUUUUAGAAUGUGUCCAACGUGGAAUCUUUAACUAUUGAGAUGAUGGUGUUCGUAUGUAACAGGUUGAACUUCUUGCGUGAGCUUUCUUCUAUUUUCUGACUCUUUUCUAAAGCGUGUUGCAACAGCUGCAGAGCAAAGUGCUUCCUGACUGAAUGAAAGUUCAAUCUUUUCUUAUUUGUAGUACAAAGUGCCUGAUAUGUUGUUUCUCAUGUGUAUCAUCAACUGUGGCCACAAACCACAAAUAUAAUGUUGUUUCAACAUCUUGCAUCGAUAAGCUUUUUAGAAAAUGUCUGUUGGAUGUUGAAUCGUUGUUCUGUUUCCUGUUACAGAGUUAACCAGAAAAUGUUUUUGUUCAUGUACAUUUUGUGAGACAAUAAUUGUAGUCAUCUGUGGAUUAAAAUGUAUCAGCAAGACAAAUAAAGACAACUCAAUGGAAUCCUGUAAAA